AUGGCUACAGAUGCAAAAAGAAAGAAAAAUCAGAAGAAGAAGGCCAGACAGAAACAGAAGAAAGCUGAACAAAAAGCUCUCCAACAAACUACAGAAAGUAGCAGUGCAGGAACAGAAAUAUCUGAAUCAACAGAAGAAGAUUCUACAACCAUUCCUACUACUGAUAAUUCAGUAAUUUCAAGUAUCCCACAUGCCGUUACCACUGUUUUAGAUGACAUAGUAGAUAAAACUCAACAAGAAGUGGUUCCACAACAACAAGAACAACAACAUGAUGACUUGGAUUCAUUUAUCGAAGACAAGGAUAAUACUAUUGAUCUUGAAGCUGAAAAUAAAUUACCUAAACAUAAUUCCAUUGUGGAAUCAAAUACUAUACCUGAGAUGGAAGAAAAUCAACAAUCAGUUGAAGAAACAGAGUCUCAGAUUCCCGAUCUAUCUAUGGAACAAUCAUUUACUCAUAACACGAUAGAAAUGCAUGAACCGAUUCCAGAACACACAGCAAAUAUACUUAACACGGAAAGCCCUUCUCUUCAAACAGAAGAAACAGAAGAAAUUAAAGAACAACCAUUAUUGUCGAACGAAGUACCUGAACUUGUUGAUGAGAAUGCUGUAAUGAAUGAGACAGAAACAAAGGAAGAAAUGGAGAUUACUCAACCUAUUGAUACUUCUAUCACGGAGCAAAUCAUAGAGCUACCAAAGGCAGAUGUCAAUACACAAGAAACUAGUUUAGAGAAUGAAUUUCAUAUGGAACCAAUUGACAACACCAACAUGAUAGAACAAGAUGUCUUUACAAAUGAAACUAAACAAAGAGUACAUGAUGUGGAAUCUGGAGUACCAGAGGCAAAGGUAAGUAAUAAUAACGAAUUAGAGAUGAAUGUUUCGAAUGAUGAAGUUGGUGGUUACAUGGGACUUAAAUCUGAAACUGAAAAUCCUAUUCUAAACCAGAUACCUACUGAAGAACCUAUGAACAUCGACAGAGAAGAAAGUUUGUUGCUAGAAGAGGAUUCAUCAAUCAACAAAAGUUUUGAAAAUACUGUCGUCCACUCUGAAUUGUCUUAUGAUAGUUAUAGUCAGAACGAAACAAAUUUCCAAACACAUGGCAACCGAACUGAUGAUUCAAUGAAUAUGAACCAUCAUCAAGACGAAAUUUUAUUCAGUCAGAAUAAUGAAGUUGAAGUAGAGACGAUGCCAUGGGAACAAGAAAAGAGAGAACCAAUUGCAUUGGAAACACAAUUACAGGACAAUUACCAAGAUAAAGAAACCAAUAAUACGAAUGAUUUUUAUGAACAAACCGAACAACCGGCAACAAUUCACAGCGAGUUGUUUACUAAAACAGAAGAUCCACUCAAUCAGAAUAUUGUUCCAGAAAGUACGAAAACUGAACAAGAGACCGAUAUACAAACAGGGAAUAUUAUCCAGGGUACAAGUAACUCAAAUUCCUUAUUUGCAGCUGAUAAUGAACAAGAUGAUGAACUACUACCAUGGGAGGUAGAAACUGAUACAAAUCCUGAAAUAGUGAGCAACCCAGUUGCAACUUCACCAGAGUUGCAACAGGGGGAUUACGCUUUACCAGAUAAUAGUAACCAAGAUGUUACUAUUACUGAUAUACCUACGGAGAUUCAGCAAGCUAAUAGCAACCCACAAAGUACAACCGCAGUUGAAAAUGAAAACAAUACUGUAGACACUACAAAAAAUAAUUUCUCUUUUAUGGAUGAUGAUGAAGAUCUUCUUGAGGAUGAUGAUAGCUUUUUAGAUUCAGAUGAGGAGUUACCAACUGACUUGGAACCAAAGACUACAGUACAAGAAGAUCAACAAUUUAAUUCAAACGUUGAAACAUCAUUUACCACCAACGUUAGUUCAAGUCUAAAUGUAUCCAAGUAUGCGCCACAAGGAACCACCAGUUUAGCUCAAUCCGUGGAAGUACCAAUGGAAAGAUCAGGGAUUGUACAACCUCCUCCAAUGAUAUUUAGCAACACUAUACAACAGCCCCAGAUUGGCUCUCAAACUCCAUCAACGCAAUUACAAACUUCCGUCAAUUCUCAAAAGACUGUAGAAACUAUAAAUAAGGCAAAACAGAAAUCUGAUGCUUAUGAUUUCCCAAGCGAUUUACUUGGUUCAAAUCCUAAACCAAUUCAUGCAAAAGCUGUGGCUACACCAACUAUGAGAUACGGCUCCAUCCCUUCAAUGGAUAUGAACCCUCCUUCAGUCAGAAAGACGAGUAUCCCAUAUAGUCCAUUACAAACUAGUGCCGCCCCACCUCCUCCUCCAAUGACCCAUAAUAAAAGACAUUCCCAACAACACGUUCAAAUUUCAACUCCAACUAUGAACCAACCCCCGGUAAGAAGUAGAGUAUCUAGUGGAGUUGGCAUGAUACAACCUCAGGCACCUCUAACUGUUGGUAUUCCCCAACCGGGGAUGCCUUAUGCAAGACAGAGAGCAACGAGUAUUUUGUCUAACGGGAGUGGUAUGGGCAUAUAUCCACCUGCUACUACAUAUACACAACCAUUAUCACCCCAAGGUGGAAAUACGGUUGGAACCCCGGCUAUUCCUUCAAAGAAAAGCAAAUACGCUCCUGCCAGCAAUGUACAACAACAGGUUGUAAACCAGCAACGUAGUUACACCCAACCUCCUACUGGAUAUGUCUCAGGGCAAUCUAUGUUAAAUAGUAAUGCAGGAAUGAUGACACAGCCUAUAUUUCCUCCUAAUGGUAAUACCCAGAUCAACGCCAUGCAACAGCCAGUAUUGCCACCGACAAGUUUCAUGUCUAGCCCUACCAUGGCCAACCAAGGUCCAAUCAGCUCUAAUGCAUAUUCUGUAAAUCAAGUACUCCAAAAACCGAAUAAUAUUCCUGUAGUGAAACAGCAAUAUUAUCCACCAACCAGCCAAAAUAUUACAAGCAAUCAACAAAUACUAAAAACUCACGAAGCACAAUUAAACCAUAGAAGUAAUUACGCACCUCAGGUAUCCCAAACAGAAUAUCCAACCGGGUUGGGUAUUAAUGCACAGUCUCAAGUCCCUAUGCAACAAGCACUUUUUCAAUCUAACACAGUCCAAACAAGUGCGGUUGAUCACCAAAGUCUUUUGACACGCCAGUUCCCAUUGUUUUGUUGGGGCAAAUCCAAUAAAAUUGUAUAUGGUAUACCUGAAGCAAAUUCAAUGUAUUCUGGAACUGGGUUUUCACUGAAUACAAUUAAUAUUGUGAACUAUGAUUCUAUUUUAAUCACAUCUGAUGUUAUGAAAACAUAUAUUGGUCCCUUAUCACCUAAAACAAAAAAAGUAGAACUUGAGAAGUGGUUGGAUUCUAUGCUUAACAAUAUGCCCGAAGAUUUUAAUGAUACUACAUCAUUAAUAUGGAAUAUACUGAAGGGUUAUGUAAAUGGAACGGCCGAUCUUGAAUCUAUUGCAAAUAUGCUAUGUGACACAACUUCAACUAGAAUGUACGUUACACAGCCAUUUACUCUUCCUAAGCCUGUGGCAAAUGCCAGCCGCCUAGAGCCAAAUACACAAAAUAGAGUUUUAGCGCUACUUCAAAUCGGUAACUAUGAAGAUGCUUUGAACAUUGCAUUAGAAGGUCAAGAUUUUACAAUGGCAUUAUUGGUGGGAAGUUUAGCUGGUAAGGAAACGUGGUCUUCUGUGGUAGAUUCCUACUUAAGAAUGGGAUCUCCAACUUAUUCUGAUCAUGGCAUUAAUGUACUGUCGUUACUUUUUCAAGUUUUCAUUGGUAACUCUAAAAUUGCCAUUGCUAAUAUUUAUAACAACCAAGAACAUAUCACAUGGGCUAUUCAAAAUUGGAGAUAUAUCGUCUCCGUUAUCCUAGCAAACGCUAAAUCAGUCACGGGAAGCACUACAUUAAAAGUAGGACAAUUACCUCCAAUGAUCCUAGAGUUUUUAGUCGAAUUUGCUAUUUUCCUAUACAAACAAGGCUUAAACUUGGAAGCUGACAUACUAUUUGUCAUUGCCCGCAUACCACUUUCCUUUUCACCAGUAAUUACUGGUUCUGACGUGUAUUUCAAAUACAUUGGUCAACCUUCAACAACCGAAAGUUUAAUAUGGUCUGAAAUUUACGAAUAUACGAGAAGCAUAACAGAACCUACAUUCAAAGGCUUCCCAACACUUCUAUCCCAAAAAAUGAACUAUGGGUUUGCACUAGAACAACAAAACUUGUCCUCACAAGCAGCUAAAUACAAUGAGAAUGUUGCUACAAAGAUCAAGUCACUUCCAAGAAAAGAUGCGUACGCUGCCAAUUUGAUGAACAGCUCAAACAUUUUGACGGCUAGAAUUAAUAAUUCAAGUACAGGUUGGCUAGGUAAACCAAAGUUAAGCAGUGUAUGGGGACAAUUAGAUAAAUCCUUUAACAAGUACAUCGGUGGUGAUGUUGAUAAAAAACCUACUCAAACUCCAGAAAAGGAUGUGUUUGGGACAUAUACGCCUUAUACUUCCAACCAUUCAUCUGUGGUAGACUUAGACCAGACAAAUCUUAAUCAAUAUCAGCCUCAAGGGAAUUAUAGACCAUUAGGGCAAGUAGCUCACCAUUCCACAACCCCGGGGAAUGUUCUUUCGAUGGAGCAUUUGAAGAAAGCUUCUCACCAUACAUUUGGCGAACAGAACCAUUAUGAAACACCUUUACGAAUUGGUGAAAGUUUACAGGGUUCGCCUGGUAGAACAUACACCACCGAAGUAGGUAGACAUGUACCAACCCCACAUAAUCCACUACCUAGAGUUCAAAGUGAAAUUUUUGAAACAAAUAAGGUUGCUCCACCACCCAUAAUUAGAGGUGAUACGAGUAACUUGGUAUUGCAGAGAUCCGUCACACAUGAUCACUUAAAUAUGGAGGUAACGGAACCGAUGACUACAUUAGCAAACGAUAUUGCAAAUAUCGGACCACCACAACCUCUAAAUAGACAGGCGGUUACUUCGGGGCCUCUUUCGGGACCACCAAGAAGAUCAUCAAAUGUGUCGGUUCAUUCAGAAGUUCCUCCACCACCAAAAGGUAGACUAAAUAAGGGGAAGUCUUCUCAUCGUCAACCUAACAAUAAUGCAAUUUCGAUAGAUCAGCUGACAUCCUUACAAACUACUCCAUCAAGUAAUACUCUAACUGGAAAUGUACCUCCAAUAUCAGCGGUUUCUCAGUCGGCAAUGAAAAGAACUCCAGAAUCUGACAUAACAAGUAAGACAUCAAUUACCAUGGAACAUUCAAUGAGAAAUGAAUUGACAGACCAUGUAACAAAUCUACCAGUUGAAAUUAAUUCGUUUAAUGACCUAAUAAAGGAGGAUACGCAAUUGGAAAAGACUGAUAGUUCUAAUAAGCUCAACCUAAAGGAAAAUGAAAAAGAAGUUAAUGACCAAGAUGUAAUUACAGAAGAAAACACUAAGAAUAAUCCAUCUCAACAUGAUAUAAAUGUCCUUGAUCAUAUAAAUGAAGACACACAGAACGAUGAAUUGGAAAGUCCUAAUCUCAGCGAACCUCCUUUAGAACAAGGCCUACCUAGGGAAAAUGAAGAGAAAAUUGUUAGAAAUGCUACUGAUCUAAAAACCAUCGACGACUCUAUUUCUGACGGUAAUGUUACAGAGAAGUCGGAUGACAUUUCCUAUUCAAGAGUUAAUGUUCAUGAGAGAACAGAGUUUUCAGAGGAUGAUAACUUAAAAACCAAAAUAGGUGUUACAGCCAUUCAUUCUAACGAUCAAGAGAUCGAAUCCCCUGAAAAAGAUACAUUACAGCAGAUGGACCAUACUGUACUGGAUAGUAACGAAGAGAAGAUCCAUCAAUCACUUGAAUUCGCACCAGAGGAGAUCACGGAAACCGCUGAAGUACCACCAGCCAUUUUACAAACUACCAAAAAUGAAAUGAAUGAUGGAAUAUUGGCUAUUGACCCCACUAAUAUCACACCUCAAAAUGAGCAAGAAGAAACCGAAGAAAUUCCACCAGUUGAGAAAACAGAAGAGAUUAUGGAUAAUUCAAAACCACCUAAUAUCAUCGCAGAAAAUAAGGUCAGCAUAGCAAAGAAACACAAUGCAUAUGCUCCAAACAAUGCUAAAACUAAGCCAAAGGUUAAAAACAAUCCAUAUCUUCCAAAGAAUGCCACCUCGAAUCAGAAUUUAAACACUGAACAGUUCCCAGAACUAUCUGGUGAAACGAAUAUGUUCACAUAUAAUAACUAUGUACCAUCACCAUAUUCUAACUCCGAAAAUGAAAAAAUUGCGGAAGAUUCCAGUGAUCGCUCAAAUAUGAACUCAGAGUCCCAGGAAAGCAAUAAUUUCCAACCUUACAUGCAACCACUUUCCCCAGACAUGAUGGGCUCUCCCGUGAACAAUAGUAAUGCUCCAAGAAAAUCAUUUUCAAAUGAUAAAUUUGGACCUAUAAAAGAAGCAGAUGAGGUAUCAAUGGAGACGUUUGAACCUGUUAUAAAAAAGAAUACUGGGAAUAAUUUUAAUACUUUCACUGCAGAAGUAACGAAUACGGAAUACAAUGAUGUCAUCGAGGAUGAAUCUGAAUCAGAAGAUGAACAUAACGGGAAACCAAAUAAUGAAAUCAAGAAAAAUUCUGUGAAGAAAAAUAACGUAAAUGAUCUCACAGGAGAUAAUCAGAGUAUUUGGCGUCGUUGGUUAGGGAAAGACCCUGGCGAGAAAAAAGCUGUUAAGGCUAAAUUAGGUAACGAGAAUAGUUUCUACUAUGAUAACGAAUUAAAACGUUGGGUUGACCGAAAUGCUACCGAAGAACAGAAGAAAGAAAUGGCGGAAGCAUCCAAACCAGGCCCACCUCCACCAAUUAUUAAGCGUAAGGAUUUGGGACCAACUUCAUCACCUCGUGCAAGUGCCAAUCAUAAUAUUGCUCCACCUAGCGCCUUUUCUCCAGUAGUACCAAUGGACCCACUAACAGGUAAACCAUUAACUAGGCCAAGCUCCUCUUCUGAUAAAAUUGAGACAGCCUCUCCGACCGCUGACUCUACUAGUAGGUUUUCUACUAAUCCAAACAUCGAGAGCUUAGUUGGUAAGAAAGCAAAUGACCUUGACGACUUACUAAAGGUUUCAGCAUCUGUGAAUCGUGGUGGGAAGAGAAAGAAGAAGGCUAACAGAGGUUAUGUGAAUGCAAUGUAA